AAAAAAAAAAAAAAAAAAGCGCGGGCAGCAGCAGCUGAGGCGCUUCUCGGUCCGGCUCGUGCGCUGCGUCGCUAGCCACUGCAGUUUACUGUGUUUUACUCUUGUUACUGUUCAGGCUGUUCAGCCAUGUCUAAGAACGCGCAGCCCGUCAGUCCGACGAAGAACUUCUUCGCCGGGGGUUUCGGGGGGGUCUGUCUCGUGUUCGCCGGACACCCGCUGGACACCAUCAAGGUUCGCCUCCAGACGCAGCCGAAGCCGAGCCCCGGCCAGCCGCCCCUCUACUCGGGCACCUUCGACUGCUUCAGGAAGACGCUGCUGAGGGAGGUGGGUCGCGACCCGCACGCCGCACGCUCGGCCUCCGCGCACGCGCGCGUACUAACGCGCGCGGCCCUUCCCUGCUGUCCCCAGGGGGUCCGGGGCCUCUACAAAGGCAUGGCUGCCCCCAUCGUCGGAGUGACGCCCAUGUUCGCCGUGUGCUUCUUCGGCUUCGGCCUGGGCAUAAAGCUGCAGCAGAAGCAUCCGGGCGACGUGCUCGCGUACCCACAGCUCUUUGCUGCAGGAAUGCUUUCUGGCGUUUUCACCACGGGAAUCAUGGCCCCCGGCGAGCGAAUCAAGUGCCUCCUGCAGAUCCAGGCUGCGUCUGGGGAGGUGAAGUACGCAGGACCAAUGGACUGUAUGAAGCAGCUCUACAAAGCGAACGGCAUUCGGGGCAUUUAUAAGGGCACCGUGCUCACCCUCAUGAGAGAUGUACCGGCCAGUGGGAUGUACUUCAUGACCUACGAAUGGCUGAAGAAUAUCCUCACGCCAGAAGGUCGCAGCCCCAGUGAGCUCAGUGUUCCCAGUGUGCUGUUUGCUGGAGGCAUGGCUGGCAUCUUCAACUGGGCUGUGGCCAUUCCUCCAGAUGUGCUCAAGUCUCGCUUCCAGACGGCCCCCGAAGGGAAGUACCCACACGGUUUCCGGGACGUUCUGCGCGAGCUCAUCCGCGAGGAGGGAGUCGCCUCUCUGUACAAAGGCUUCACUGCAGUCAUGCUGCGGGCAUUCCCUGCCAACGCUGCCUGCUUCCUCGGGUUUGAAGUCGCCUUGAAGUUCCUUAAUUGGGCCGUGCCGAACCUGUGAGGCAGCAGCCGCUUUCGGAAGGACACGGAUGGAGACGCACACAGCCACGCAUACCAAAGCGGAAGAUGGACAGGGAGCAGCAGAUGGAAACGCGCUCCUUUGCCUUCUGCCUUAUUUUAGUUUUUUAAAUGCAGCAGGAGGAAGUGGACUUGUGCCUUAACUUUUUUGAAUGUCAGUGAGCUUGAGAACAGGAGGUGCUUGUGUCUCUUUUCACUGACUGUCAGCGAAUCGACUGGUCUCCCAGUGUGUCUUCUGUCUCCUGCAGGCCUUCCUGCAUCAGCUGUACUGUAGCACAUGUAGAGGGUAAAUGAUACUUUUUCUUCCUCGUAGUGAUCAAUCAUGGAAGAAAUGACUUUCACUCUGGAUGAUGAGUUCCUCUACUCAUGUCUUUUUUCUUCUCACCAAUG